GAUGGCGAAAGCACAGAGCAGAGAGAAAGUAUAUAAAAACAUCUUUCAUCUCAAUUAUCAGUUCUCAAACUUCACAUAUACAGCAGAAAGAGAAAAAAGGGUCCAACCUGAGACCUCAUCUUUCGCUGCAGUGCUCGUUUUCAGAGUAACAAAGGAAUCCAUAGAGAAAGUAGUUCAAGGAAAAAGCAAGAUAUCUUCUUCUAGUGAGGUUUCUCAAUUCUCACUUUCCUCGCUCAACACUUCAAUUCCUCAGUUAUCAUUGCGGACGCUUUGUGGUUGAUGAUUUUGGAGCCAAAUUGUUUUGUGCAGUGAUCUUCGUGAUUCAUGAAAAUUUUGAUUUGAUUGGUUUAGACGACAAUUCGUGGAUGAUUUAGACGAAAACUCGAUCCUGUAAGCUCGUGAUUGGCGAUUAAGAACUUCGUGCUUGAAAAUACAGAUAACUGAACGAAUGUGUCUCCGAUCUUCAACCUAUUGAAGAUAUAAAGAUUAACAAGAGAAUUGUGGUUUCUAUUGAAUUUGGAUCUGAAAAUUUUAUACAUACUGAUCGAAGCAGAAAAUUCUCCAUCGCUAUUUUGGUUUCAGAAUUCAAGUAUAAUUCAGUUUUACAAAGCGUAACAGAAUUGUGUUCUAUGAGAUUUGAACUUAGGGAAGACCGAAUUUCGAAAUUCCGUUGAAUUGAGUACAAGAGAAGAAGCGUGAGAUCCAGGUUUUGAUGGAGCUUCCUCAAUCUCGUCCAUGUGGAGCCGAAGAAGCAGGGAGGAAACCGACGCAUGAUUUUCUGUCGCUAUACAGUAAUUCAACUGCCGAACAAGAUCCAAGGUCUUCUGCUCAAGCAAGUUACCUCAAGACCCAUGAUUUCUUGCGGCCACUAGAGCAGGUAGAAACAAAAUCCAGUGCCAAAGAAGAAGCCACAGAUGAAAUCUCAUCGGCCGUUCAGAAGCAACCGCCUUUACCUACACCAGCUUCAGUUGAGCACCUCUUACCUGGAGGAAUUGGGACUUACACUAUUAGCCACAUUAAUUCCUACGUCAAUAAUACUCAAAGGGUUCCAAAGCCUGAAUCAUCACUUUUCACUGUGCAUCAAGCAACUAGUGCGGAUAGAAACGAUGACUCCAACUGUAGUUCACAUACUUCAAGCGGUUUCACAUUAUGGGAAGAGUCUGAGAUUAAAAAGGGAAAGACAGAAAAGGAGAAUAAUGUUGGAGAGAAACCCAUUAUAGGAGUGGCAGAUUCUGCUGCUAAGCUGGGGACAUGGACAACGGAGCGGAUGUCUCAAUCCUUUUCUAAUAAUCAUCAUGGCAGCUUCAACUCUCGCUCUUCAUCUCAGACAACUGGACAGAAGAACCAGAGUUUUAUGGAAAUGAUGAAAUCUGCACAGGAUUGUGCCCAGGAUGAAGAGCUAGAAAAUGAAGGAACAUUUUUUCUCAAGAGAGAAACCUUGGAUACUCAAAGAGGAGAACUAAGGGUGAGAGUGGAUGGGAAGAGUACUGAUCAAAAGCCAAACACGCCGAGAUCAAAACAUUCUGCAACUGAGCAGAGGAGAAGAAGCAAAAUUAAUGACAGAUUUCAGAUGCUACGACAGCUUAUUCCACACAGUGAUCAAAAGAGGGACAAAGCAUCUUUUCUGUUAGAGGUUAUUGAGUAUAUUCACUUUUUACAAGAGAAAGUACAUAAGUAUGAAGAUUCAUUCCAAGGUUGGAAUAACGAGCCAGAAAAAUUGAUGCCAUGGCAGAGAAAUAAUGAUAGGCCAGCGGAAAGUUUUCAACCUCGCGGCACAAAUAGUGGGUCUAAUCCAUCUCCAGCAUUGCAGUUUGCUUCAAAGAUUCAGGAGAAAAACAUACCCAUCUCUCCAACAAUUCAUGCCUCUACCCCUAAUGUCGAAUCUGGCUUGAGCACAACAGCUGCCUUCAAGACAAUAGAGCAUCAGUCUGGAAUACUGAACAAGACUUUUCAAAUUCCUACUUCCCAACCAAAUAUCUUCCCUUCAACCCAAAUCGGUGGUUCAGGUGGAGCAGUGUCUCAACUCAGACAUAGAUUAACAUCUGAUGCAGAGAACGUCAUUUAUCAGCCUUCAGUAGAAUCUCAGACUAUGACUUCUACCAAUGAAAAGCUGAAAGAGAAAGAGCUGACUAUUGAAGGAGGUGCCAUUAGUAUAUCAAGCGUGUACUCACAAGGGUUGUUGGAUACACUUACACACGCAUUGCAGACUUCGGGAGUGGAUUUGUCACAAGCUAGCAUUUCAGUGCAAAUUGAACUUGGCAAGCAAGCAAAUAUCACACCAAACGGACCAUUAUCCAUGUGUGUUUCUAAGGAUGAUGAAGAUCCUUCAAAAAAUCAAAGGAAGGUACGUUCUAGAGUCGCCGGCCCUGAGAAGUCUGAUCAAGCACUAAAGAAGCUAAAGACAUGCCGAAGUUAAUUCAACUGUUACAUUCAUUCUUUCCUUAUAAUAAUUUUAUCAAUUAUUUAAGGUAACUUUUUUAAAUUAAUUUUUGGAAGGGGUAUUUAUGUCCUGUGCUGGAUUAUUAUUAUCUAGCAUGGGCAAGAUUGACUGUACAUGUAGUGUCUUUGUUUGUUGGGAUCUUUAGACUCCCCCAACAAAAUAAUAUGCAUCAUUUUAGUUUCUAAAUAUAUAAUUAUAGAGGCUUCCACACUAAUACAACUUGUUUUUGAUUCAAGGCUUUCCUUGUUGUAAAGUUAGUAAACUUUGGUCUUUUAUUUGCUGCAUAUUUCUUAACAUUGAUUUUGGUGGUCUUGUGUAUUAUGUUUGAGCUAGCCCCUUCCAUAUAGUUCACUAUUUAUGGCCUCACCUUCCUUGUGAUGGCUAAUAAAAAUUGUUCGUAUCAGAUACCUUUCAUGAUUUA